UGUAAUUCUAUUCUUAUGAUUGGAAAGUAAGCUUUUCAUUGUCUGCGAGGAUUGAGCAGCUCUGAAGUGAGAGUGGCUACCAGUCAUCAUCAUGAGUGGAAUAGGGACUGGGUAUGAUUUGUCAGUUUCGACAUUUUCACCUGAUGGGAGGGUGUUCCAGACAGACUAUGCUCAAAAAGCGAUCGACAACAGCGGAACGGUGGUGGGAAUCAAGUGCAAAGAUGGAGUUGUGCUGGGUGUUGAGAAGACGAUCGUGUCAAAGAUGCUAGAGAAGGGCUCAAACAAGCGAACGUUCCCAGUCGACCGACAUGCUGGAAUGGCUGUUGCUGGAGUCAUUGCUGAUGGCAGGCAGGUUGUCAACCGGGCAUUUGACGAGGCUGUGCAAUACAAAAGCUUCUAUGGAGACAGCAUACCUGGGCAAGUGCUGGCUGAUCGAGUUGCCAGCUUUGUCCAUGUCUUCAACUUGUAUUGGUAUGCCAGACCAUUCGGCACAUCAGUCUUGCUAGCAGCAUAUGACGACUCAGGACCGCAGCUGUAUGUCGUCGAGCCAUCAGGCAACUGCCAUAGAUUCUUUGGAACGGCUGUGGGCAAGGGCCGCCAGGCAGCCAAGACAGAGAUUGAGCGCUUGAAGCUGGGCGAGAUCAGCAGCGAGCAGGGGGUCGUCGAGGUUGCCAAGAUUCUUUACAGUGUGCACGAUGAGGAGAAGCCCUUUGAGCUGGAGAUAGCCUGGAUAUGCGAUGCUUCAGACCGGGAGUUCAGGCGUGUGCCUGCUGAUAUCCUCGAAGCCGCAGAACAGCAGGCCAAGGCUUCUUUGGAAGAGUCAGACAUGGAGGAUUGAUCCACACAACAGCGGAUAGCAAUAGCCAGCAUGCGGCAGGCAGCAAGAGCUGUCCGAAUCUCAGCUUAGUACUUUGAGACAUGUGAGGUUUAGCUUGCAAACUUCGGGGCGGGACGCCACGCUUUUUUGUGGUUCCAAUACACGUGCAGCACCUAGCUUUCACCCCUUUGUGGCCACUGUGCCUGUGUGGACUUGUGUACUGGAUUUGUGUAACAGAAUAUGAAGCAGAU